AUGCGAUCAGUGUGGAUAUAUGUGGCGCUUCUGGGUGUCUCGUUUUAUUCAACGGAAGCGAAGGAUAUUGAGAGUUUUCAAAAUGCUACUGCUAUCAGACACAAACCCGAACUAGAAUCUUUAUACAAAUUGGUACUGGCCUUGCUCGAGGAAAACCAAUCCAAUCCUAGUACUGAAAACAUCCAAGAGAGCAGUUCAGAUUUUAAUACACCUGGAUUGUCGGGAAGAUAUCCCAGCCACUGUCCCACCUAUCCGUCUGCCCACGGAAUCUAUACCGUUCAGGUGUUGGGACUGGAGCCCUUCCAGGUGUCCUGCGAUGCAGAGAUUGCCGGAACUGGAUGGACUGUGAUGGCCCGUCGCACCAGCAACAAGUUGAACUUCUUUCGCAGCUGGGCGGAGUACAAAAACGGCUUCGGGCAGCUCGAUGGAGAUUUCUUCAUUGGCUUGGACAAAUUGCAUGCCAUAACUAAGUCACAGCCCCAUGAGUUAUACAUACACCUUGAGGACUUUGAAGGACAGACACGAUAUGCGCAUUACGAUGAAUUCUUUGUCGAAAGCGAAAACAAAUGGUAUGCAAUGACCAAGCUGGGCGGAUUUACCGGCGACGCAGGGGACUCCAUGAUGCACAACAGGAACCAAAACUUCUCCACUUUCGAUAGGGACAAUGAUGGGUGGCACAAAAACUGUGCCGAGGAGUAAGUGGGUGCUUGGUGGCAUGUGAACUGCACUUACAGUAAUCUAUUCGGCAUCUAUGUGAAAGGUGAUGAGGGCCAGUACUUUCAGUGGAAGGGGAUCGUCUGGCACUCUUGGCGCACUGAGAGUUAUUCCUACAAAGUUAUGCAAAUGAUGGUUCGACCGAAAUGCUAUUGCUCACGAUAG